AUGGUGGACGACCCGGCCACGGACGCCGUGGUGUCGUGGGGGCCGGCCAACAACAGCUUCAUCGUCUGGAACACGCCCGAGUUCGCCCGGGACCUCCUCCCCAAGUACUUCAAGCACAACAACUUCUCCUCCUUCGUCAGGCAGCUCAACACCUACCAAGUGACAUGUUGCUUGCUUCCAGCUUAUGCAAGAACAAGUUUCUUGCAUAUCUUGGCAAUUUAUUGGACAGAGGCCUACUUGAGUUUGGUCAAGUAUGCUUCUUGUGCUGCGAAUAGAUAUGUUCUGCUUGAGAACCAAUAUAAUCCCUUCGUGGCAUCUAAAGAAGGAUUCAGAAAAGUUGAUCCAGACAAGUGGGAAUUUGCAAAUGAGGGUUUUUUGAGAGGACAAAAACAUCUACUGAAGACCAUCAACAGAAGGAAACCAUCGCAUGCAAACAACCAAGUGCAAGUGCAACAGCAGCAACCCCAGCAGCAGCAGCAGCAGCAGCAACCCCAGUUGCAGAAUGCUCCAAUGCCUUCUUGUGUAGAGGUGGGGAAGUUUGGGAUGGAGGAAGAGAUUGAGAUGCUAAAGAGGGAUAAAAAUGUUCUAAUGCAGGAGCUUGUCAGGCUGAGACAGCAACAGCAGACCACUGACCAUCAGCUGCAGACUUUGGGCAAGCGUCUUCACGGAAUGGAGCAACGACAGCAGCAAAUGAUGUCUUUCCUGGCUAAAGCAAUGCAGAGUCCUGGCUUCCUAGCACAGUUUGUACAGCAGAAUGAAAACAGCAAACGGAGAAUAGUAGCUGCGAACAAGAAAAGGAGGCUACCUAAGCAAGAUGAUGGCCUGAACUCCGAAAGUGCAUUGUUGGAUGGCCAGAUAAUCAAGUAUCAGCCUAUGAUCAACGAAGCAGCCAAAGCAAUGCUGAGGAAGAUCCUGCAGCAGGAUACCUCCCCACACAGAUUUGAAUCCAUGGCCAAUUCAGAUAAUUUGCUACUGGAGAACUGUAUGCCAAGUGCUCAAACUUUUGACAGCUCUUCAUCAACCCGGAAUUCUGCAGUCACCCUUGCAGAGGUCCCAGGCAACUCGGGCAUGCCAUAUAUGCCCACGAGCUCUGGGCUUUCAGCAAUUUGUUCAUCGUCAAGCCCCCCUGAGAUGCAGCGUCCAGUUCUGGACACCAACUCAUCGACACAACUUCCCAACAUGAGUGCUGUGCCUUCGGUGCCAAAGGCUAUGACGCCAGGUUUAAGUGAUAUCAGUAUUCCAGGAUUCCCAGAUCUGCAUGAUCUCAUAACGGAGGAUGCAAUUAAUAUUCCUGUAGAGAACUUCACAAUGCCUGGUCCUGAGUGUAUAUUCCCCCUACCUGAUGAAGGCAGUGAUGACUCUGUUCCCAUGGACCCCAUCGACACUGAUGAGACCGAUGACACCCAGAAGCUUCCGGGAAUAAUUGAUUCCUUCUGGGAGCAGUUCCUUUGUGCCAGCCCUCUCUCCAUCGACAAUGACGAGGUCGAUUCAGGUCUGCUGGACACACGGGAAGCGCAAGAGGAGAAUGGAUGGACCAGGACCGAGAACUUGGCAAAUCUCACUGAACAAAUGGGCUUGCUGUCAUCCAACCAUAGAGGGUGA